AAAAUGAGAACAAAGUGAUUGUUCCUGUUCUCUUUCUUAAGUCACUUCAAAUGCUGUUUGUGCGGCUGGAGCUCAUUGUGAGGAGAGCAGAGCAGGAGACAGGAUGAUUCUCACACUCGAGAUCUGAGCGUGUAGAAACCUCCAGCAUGGAUCCGACCGAGAGCGAACGCAAGCGUCCAGAGGACUUCUCCAGCAGAAGCGUUGACCUCUCUCUUCUCCCCUUCUACCCUGUCGUCCCUCAGCCUCACCGAUUCGUCCCAGAUAUGAUCGACCUGAACCGGUUGCGUCUUCAUCGCGUGAUCAAGGUGAAGCAGGAGACGGUGAAGCCUCUGCCGCUGUGGCCUCCAUCGCCUCCAUUACUCCUGCGCUCUCCUGCUCCAUACUUCCCAUCUUUCCAUCCCAGUCUGGUCCCGUUCCCAUUCCUCCAGUUCUCUUCGAACCCCUUCUACACCACCGAAGCCACACGGUUUCGCCGCAGGAGCCAAGAAGCCAGCAAACCGGAGAAGCUGAACCUGCACGUGGAUGACAGCUACUACGUGGAUGUGGGCGGCGAUCAGAAGCGCUGGAAGUGCCGCAUGUGCGAGAAAUCCUACACCUCCAAAUACAACCUGAUCACACACAUCCUGGGCCACAGUGGCAUCAAGCCGCACGAAUGCAACCUCUGCGGGAAACUCUUCAAGCAGCUGAGCCACCUGCACACACACAUGCUGACGCACAAGGGCACACGACCACACAAGUGCCAGGUGUGCCACAAAGCCUUCACGCAGACCAGCCACCUGAAGAGACACAUGAUGCAGCACAGCGAGGUCAAGCCCUACAGCUGCGGCGUCUGUAGCCGGGGCUUCGCGUAUCCCAGCGAGCUGCGCGCGCACGAGCUCAAGCACGAGCGCGGUCAGGAGAACGUGUGCGUGGAGUGCGGGCUCGACUUCCCCACACUGGCGCAGCUCAAACGCCACCUGACAGCGCACCGCGGCCCCGUGCAGUACGACUGCGGCGAAUGCGGCAAGAGCUUCCAGUAUCCCAGCCAGCUGCAGAACCACAUGAUGAAGCACAAGGACAUCCGGCCGUUCAUCUGCAGCGAGUGCGGGAUGGAGUUCGUCCAGUCACACCAUCUCAAGCAGCACGCGCUCACGCACAAGGGAGUGAAGGAGCACAAGUGUCGAAUCUGUGGCCGUGAGUUCACGCUGCUGGCGAACAUGAAGAGACACGUUCUGAUUCACACCAACAUCCGAGCGUAUCAGUGCCAGCUGUGCUACAAGAGCUUCGUCCAGAAGCAGACGCUCAAGGCUCACAUGAUCGUCCACUCCGACAUCAAGCCCUACAAGUGCAAGCUGUGUGGGAAGGAGUUUAACAGAAUGCAUAAUCUGAUGGGCCACAUGCACUUGCAUUCUGACAGCAAACCCUUCAAGUGUCUUUACUGCUCCAGCAAGUUCACCCUGAAGGGAAACCUGACGCGCCACAUGAAGGUCAAACACGGCAUCAUGGACCAAGGCCUGGACGCUCGCGUCUUCAGGAGACGAGGACGGCUGUGUCUCUCUGCUCCUCUGCGAGUCCUGUCCCGCAUCGGUCAGGAAGAGCCCUUCGAUCUGUCCCAGAAGUCUCAGUCUGACGGCGGGAGCUCGGGCCGAGAAGAAGAUGAGGACAGUCUGUACCGAAUGAGCCAGGACAGUCCUGACCUCUACAAGACCCCAGAAGAAGACGAGGAGGACGAGAAGAAGAAACCAGACGACACGCACUUCUUCAGAGAUAAAGAGGAGCACUUCUGAGGGAGCACGAGACACAGACUCACAGACACAUGUCAAAAAUGUACAGAAAUCUACAAACACUGACAAAAAAUGAUUUUUCUAAUAGAAAAUAUCUAAAUGUUCUUGAAUCGAGGAGUUUUUUAGUCUUGAAACGUGUGCAGAAGUAAAUGAGUUUAUGCUUAGAACUAGACAAAAUAUCUACCAUUGGAUUCAGAAAAAUAAACUUAAUUCUAAAGGAAACG